AUGUUUGAUGAAGCUCAAAUUGGUGAGAAUGUCAUGAUAUAUUUUGAAACUCACAAUGUUUUUUUAGCGUACGUUAAGGCUGGACAUGAUCACGAAGCUGUUGAAGUUCUCAAAACACUGGAUGAGAAGGCGGUGGCCGAGCAUCGCUAUCUUGAUGCCUCUUAUUAUUUUAGGCUGAUGGGGAAGAAUUACAUUGAGAUGACUUCAAAGGAAGCGGGAUUAAAGAAGAAAAUUGAAGAAUGUUUGCUCAAAGCUGACCUGUAUUAUGUCUACAACUCGGUUUACAAAUAUGUGGUAAGCUUUAACAGACUUUAUCAAGCUUUUUUCUGAUUUAGUUGACUUUAUUCUUCUUCCAGAUUGAGCCAUUCACCGAGAAAACCUUUGAUGUCUUGUGUAAUAUGGCCCGGUAUCUGCUGUUAUCCCCGAAAAUGCCUGGAAUUUCCCAAGUCAACAUCCUUUACACCUUGAUCAAAUUGAGUGUGCGGAAUGAGAAUUACAAAACAGCCAGAGAAGCGCUUGGCCAGUUGAGAAUCUACCGAAUUCCAGCGAGAUUUCAGAAUUCCAUUGACAUGUGGUCCAUGGAGGUCAAAUCGAAGCCAUAUUCGGAUUCUGACGAGUUCAUGCCAAUGUGUUAUAGGUGGGAACAAUACGUGGAGAAAUUUGCAUUUUCUUUGUGGUAUAAAGAUUACGGUAAUUUUUAGUUGUGGAACGAGUAAUCCAAUCCUUGCCGGACAUCUUUGCACUCAUUGCAAUGCUCCAUUCGUCUACUCGUUCCUUACUUUUGGUAAGCAAUCAAUUUUGUAAACCGCUAAACAAUAUUUCGAAUCAUUUUACAUUGUUUUAGAAGUACUCCCAGUUCUAGAAUUCGAGAUUUCCUCGGAUUUGUCGAUCAGCGAAGCCAAAGAUCUUCUCAAAACUGAAUCCCCGAUUGAUGAAGGUGAUCAAUACGUGAAUGGCCUGCUGUCGGAAUACCGUUCUCGCAACAAAUCUGGCCUUCUUCAAUUGGGACGACAAGACCUCAUAAACUUGGCGUCAAAUCUCACAUUUGUGGCCGAAUUUCCUGACCCAAUUGGAUGUAAAUUUUAUUUGAAGGUUAUCCCUGAGAUUCCAAUAUCUCAAUGCGACGAGUGCAAGAAGGUAAGAUGGCACAAAACUUACUUUAAACGAAAAUUUACAGCUCUUCCAUGGAGAUGAUUAUCAAAUGGCAGUCCUCCAAUCAGGAACUUGCCCCGUAUGCAGAUGUAAAGUUCAUCUGUAUGAGCCAGAAUACGAUGAAGAUGAUACGGAGACAAGUUAG